AUGUAUAUUCUCUUUUCAAUCCAAGAUCUUCAGCAGGGCCUUGAGUGCCUUCUCUCCAGAGCUGUUUGCACACAUAGAUUCUACAUCAAACCGUAUGCCCAACAAAACUCGCCUAAAGGAAACUCCUCUAAAGCAAUCAAAUAUACACAAGAUGAUCUAAAAUCGAUUGAACAUGGAUUAGUCACGAAAGACAAAGCCGAGUUCUUAACUGAGCACCAGAUGAAAGAUGUGGACGAUGAUGAUAAUAAAGAAGAAGAACUGGCAAACAAUGGGAUCCCAACGAAGGACCGACUGAAAGCUAUUACGCCAAUUAUCUUGACCUCCUUUGCACGUCUCCCAAUACCGUCUAAUGUCACUCCUCCUCCAAGUAUGAUUGUUCGUCAGCAUCCUGCACCACUGACACAGUCACAAAUAGCAGGCCUAUCGAUCAUGCCCACCAGCAUAGCACGACCGCAUCGGCCUCGAAACACUUCCAGAUCUGUAACCAGCAACCACGAUUACACUUCUGUGCACGAGAAACCGGUCGUAUCCAAAGAAACUGUUUCUGAUAUCGGACAUGCCGUUGAGACUAAGUCGAGUAAUUUGGUAUCUUCAUUGGCUCGUAGGAAAAAGGGAGAGGGUAAUGAUGAUGAGAAGGAGGAAGUGGAGGCGGAUGAAGAGAGUGUAAUCCUAGGAGCGUUCGUGCUUCGAGACUCGGAAGGCUGCUUAGUGCGCAACCAGGAUGGCCUGAUAGAGCGGAUCUCUUUGUGUCACAAGCAAUACGACAUCAGCUCUACUGUCGCCCUCGAGCCGGCCGAACUAGCUGAACUUAUUCAUGCGCCCAAGGCUAUCAUUCCCUUCUUGCUUAGUCCACCUCGAGACAACUCGUUAUCCACUACUUCAAGUGCGUUUCCGUCUUCCACUAAACUCUCGGUAUAUCGUUUAUCUGACGAGGGUGAGUGGCGCGAAUGGACCAAUGUAUAUACCGUGGGAGUUCCGCCGCGUCCCACUGAUUCAACUUGUGGUUCUCGGGAUGAAGGCCAAUCGGGGGGACAAGGGUGUGCAGCUGGUAACUUGGAGGCUCUUGGAGGUGGCCUUUCUGAUGAAGCCUCUACGUCGAUGGCAUCGGCCACAUCGGUUGCCGCUUCACGCGCCGAUUUUGCUUCAGCGAACCUGGCUCUGACCCGGGCGCAACACGUAGAAGAGAAAGAGCGGCGUCGGAGUCUAGCCAAUAAAUUCUGUUUAUCGGAGACGGCAUUCGAACUCUUCCACUGGCUUGACCCUACAUCAAUGCAAGUCCUGCAUACCGAACUUGUGGAUGUAAUCUCUGGAGCUACAACAGGGGAAAGUGCUGUCGUGUCUCCUGGCCGUCGCUCCAAGCGUGCGCUGCCAACGAAAUCUCCAAUCAAGCGGUUUGGGUCCUCUUCGAAUUCUUUAGUCAAUCCCUCCACGACUAUGCCAGGGGUUGGGGGUCAUAAUGAUCGUGGCGAUGACGAAGGCGAAGAAGAGGCAGAAGCAGAGGGAGAGGAGACAGUACAAUGGCGAGUCGGGCCGUACGAAUUGAUGGAUGUGAUCCGAUUCACUCUUUGCUCGCUUGAGGCUCAAGUGAGCAGUUCUUUAAUUGCACCUAUUUCUGGUGUUGUCGGUCAGCCCUUUGGCCAUAAAUCGUCCCCACCAGAUUCUCCUAAUUCUUGCUCAUGA